AUGGUGGAACUUGCGUCGGCGUGGCUCGUCUCAUCAGGUACGACUACAGGCAGGGAGAGGAGGGAAGAGAAAGUAGGCUGCGUAGCGAUAUUUUUGGCGAGUGAUGUUGGGUUGUUUGUGUAUCUGAGUGCGUUGUUGUGGAUUGGUGUGCCGGCCCUCCUCCUCUCCGCCCGCCUUAGUCCCACAUCAAUCGCACACCUAAUCAAAGAAACAUCCCCCACCUCCAUCCUCGUAUCCUCCCAAACAUCACUCGUCGCCCGUAAAACACUUUCUCUUCUCCCUUCAACCCACUUCCCCCCCCCCAGCCUCGUCACUGCUCCCCCCUACUCCACGUUCCUCCUCUCAGGUUCCCCCACACCCGACUGCCCUCUAUCGCCAGUUCCACCUCCAUACGAAGACCACCUCCCCACAGAUCUCGACGCACUCAUACUCCAUUCAUCACGGACCACCGGGUUCCCAAAGGCGAUGCACCACUCCCACGCGUUCUUGCUCCUCUUCGCAUCUGCGCAUCGUUUUGAGGAGAAGAUGGGGGAAGGGUCUAGCGUUGUUACGUCGCCUUUGUAUCAUGUUCGUUGGCUGCUUUAA